AUGAAACCAACAACUUCAUAUUACUCAUCUUUCUUCCAAAAGGAGGUCGAUGAAUACAAGCCUCUGUUUGAUAACUUAUCAAAAGAGACUCCAGAGUACUUGUUGCAGAACAGAUGCACCUGUGAUGAUUUGGUAAUCACUUUCCCAAUGGAUCAGUCACAGGCUGACUCAGUUCACGCAACAUGGCAAAGGAGACUACGAGUGUUUAGCAAUAGCGAGACAUUGCCAUCACAAACAUCACAAACACAACAUGUGGAUGCUGUGAUCAAACUGGGCGACUUCAACAAGUUUGAAGCCGAACAGAUUGCAUUGACAAGGAAUUACUUCUCGCUCAUUGACAAUCCAAAGCCCAAGAGUGGAAACACCUACUAUGGCGGAGACUUUGUCCCUGUGAUUACAACUGGCAACCAUAUACCCUUCAUCCUAAACGGGUUGGUUAGGCAACAUUACUCACAGCCGAUAUCCAUCAAUGAAAUAAUGGACCGAGACCGCGGUGGUCAGUUGUUCACAAUCCUCGGUCGCUUCCUCAAGACGAAUACUGAUCCAACGGAUUACUAUGGAGUCACAGACUCGGGUAGGAUGAGUCACAACAACUAUGGCACUGCCCAUCACUCUGCAGUGUUGUUGCACUACGAUCAACAUGAUACACCAGAGGUUGUAUUAUUACGACAGUACACUCCAUAUUCCUACAACCAGGAUCAGGAGCACUUGGUCAUUAUCCAUAGACAUGUCCCUGGUUCGUCAGAGUAUAGUCGCGAUCACUUUGCCUUUGGCACAACUGAGGAGGCCAAGGCAAAGUUUGAGCAAACCUAUAAGGAGCUCACCAACACUGACUAUGUCCACUAUGAGACUGCGAAGAUUGAGCCCAAGCCAGGUUACCUCAGCCAAUACGUUCACAACUUGCCACUUCGUAACAAGAUACCAUCAAUGCGCGACAUUUGUUUCACAGUGCUCAAGGAGCACUAUCUCAUUGACAAACUGUCGUUCCUUGACAAGAUAUCACAGUUGCCAAUCGAUGUGUUGCGUGAGUUUUGUCACUCUUGCCUGGCAGACACCAGAGCAGUUGGUGAUGAGAUUGCCAACUACCUUUUGGAUCACUUUAGUAUGGGAGCACUGUACAAUGAGGACACGUUAGAGGAUCUCUUCCCAUUCCAACAAAGAGUCGAAUCAAUGUUUAGACGACAUUGCUGGAUGUCAAAGAGCUCGACAUGGUCAAUGCCUCAGAGCAUAUUCAAACCUCCACACAACACCAACAUCUUGCUCAAUGUCUAUGACAACAUCAACAUGUUCAAGAUCAAGCAUGUGCCAAGCACAAACAUCGUGAUGCCACAGCCAGCCAAUACAGUCAAGCCAGUAGGUGCGCCAUCGAUCGUGGACCGUGAGACAUUCCUCAAGAACUUUGCCGCAGUCACAUCGGAUCGAUUCAACUUUACCCCUGAUGUGUGGAAGAACAUGGUGGUCAUUGGCGGUGGCAUGACGACCGCACUCACUGGCGAGACUGAAGGCUUCGAGUCAUCAGACAUUGACAUUGUCUUUUAUGGCCUGAAUGAUGAGAAUGACAUCCAGAACAAGUUCACACAGCUGUACAACUCGCUCCAAGACAAUGACAAGUACUCAAUCUGUGUUGGCUCGUCUGAUAUCACGCUGUGUCGCCACUACCCCUACAGACACAUCCAGAUCAGUGUCGUCAACCACAAGGGCAUCCAGGACAUUUUGCUAGGAGUGGACAUUGAGGCAUCGUGCUUUGCCUUUGACGGUAACAAUGUGUGGACUACACAUCGUGGUCUGAUGGCCAUGAAUUACCGCGCCAACUUUGCCACAAACUAUGGUCACAAGAUACGAGGCGAGCGUCUGUACCAGAGACGUCUGCUCAAGUACUUGCCGCGUGGCUUUGCCAUCAGUUACCUACCAACGCCAUACAUCCUUGAGAAGGAGAAGCAGUUGGCGCCCUCGAUCUAUGGCGUCGGACUGGAGCUGAUGCUGUCGGCAGCCAAGCGUGAAGAUGUCCGCCAACGUCUUGAAAGGAGAACAAAGAAGGGCAGUCUGCCCUAUGGACCCAACAUAUCCAAGGAGGAUUUUGAGAGAUCAGUGAAUGAGAAUCACAACAACUACUUUGAUGGCUACAACUACAGCGACUGGCCAUCAAUCGCAAAGAAUGCCAACACAGACGAGAUGUACGUAUCGUGGAACUACCCUGAUGAGCUGCCCUACAUUGAAUAUGAGUUCGAACAAUUCGAAUACCAUACAUCAACCUACUACCUGGACUCUGAUGAUGAAGACGAUGUCACCGACGAAGAGGAAGAGGAGGUUGAGAUGGUGGACCAGUGA